AUGAGUUUUAAUUCAUCAGUGAAGCUGCGCACCUGCUUUGUGAUUAAAUUACAUGUCAACACGAGAGUGACAUCUAAGAUGGCUACCAAAUAUUCACCCACGACGAAAAACGAUGCUGAGAGCGGUUUAGAUAAAAACUAUUGUGUCGAUUGUGAUAAUAUUAUUAAAAGUAGUAUAGAUUCGAAUAUGAACAUGCAAAAGUAUACGGAAGUGCAGGAGUUUUAUAAUGGAAAGAAUGUUUUAAUUACUGGAGCUACAGGGUUCCUUGGUAAAAUAUUAAUGGAAAAACUACUUCGAUCCUGUCCGGGCGUAGAAAACCUGUACUUGUUGGUGAGGCAGAAACGCGGGAAAGACAUAUAUACAAGAAUUGAAGAAGUUUUCGACGAUCCGGUCUUCGAUCGUCUCAAAGAAGAAGUGCCAAAGUUUAGACACAAAAUAGUUGCGAUACCAGCAGACUGUGAAGCAGCAGGUUUAGGUCUUACAAUUAGUGACCGACAAACACUCUUAGAGAAGGUUCAUGUAAUAUUCCAUUCAGCAGCGACAGUGAAGUUCGACGAGCACUUACGCGCAGCGUUGGUCAUCAAUGUGAAGGCGCCUUUAUAUCUAUUGCAGCUGGCUAAAGAUAUGAAAGGAUUGAAAGUAUUCAUGCAUAUAUCAACCGCAUAUUCAAAUUGCCAUCUAUCCCACAUAGAAGAAAAGUUCUAUCCGUGUCAAACGGAUAGUGAAAAGUUACACAAUAUAGUGGAUAAGUUGACGGAUGACGAAAUAAAUGACAUCUUGCCCACCAUUUUAGGCGAAUGGCCGAACACAUAUACUUUCACGAAAGCGUUAGCUGAGAAAGAGUUAAGAUUGAACAGCAGAAAUGUACCACUUGCAAUAUUUAGACCUGCUAUAGUGACGUCCACAGUAAAAGAACCCCUAAAGUGUUGGUUGGACAACAUGUACGGACCUACCGGCGUGGCUGUGGGCACUGUGACCGGAAUGCUUCGGACGGUGCAAUGCGAUGGGUCGGUGACAGCUGACCUGGUCCCCGUCGACUCCGUAGUGAACUGCCUCAUGGUUGCUGCCAACAACGUCUGCAAACAGUACCAGGAAAGAACAGUAACUGAACCCCCUAUCUUCAACUACGUGAGCUCAGUGGAGAACAGAAUCACGUGGGGCGAUUUCACCAGACUCAAUAUGGAGAGGAUCGAUAAGCAUCCGUUCUCUAACGCUGUUUGGUACGCGUCGGUGACAUUGAACAAAUCAACGUUAAUGAAUCAAAUCUAUAUAUUUUUCCUGCACUUACUUCCCGCCGCCUUAGUCGACGCCCUUGCGGUUUGUGUUGGCAAGAAACCUAAAAUGUUAAAAGUGUACAGGAAGAUACACAAAUUUUCCGCCGUCUUGAUGUACUUUUGCACGCGCGAGCUCAAAUUUAGCAAUCAACAUACGAGGGAUUUGUGGGAGAACACAUCAGAUUCCGAUAAGCAGAUAUUCCCAUUCAGUAUGGCAGAGGUGGACUGGAACGACUACUUCGAUUCGUACCUCGCGGGUAUACGCCGCUAUCUGUUCAAGGAAGGCGACGAAACUCUACCACAAGCCAGGAUCAAAUGGAAAAGGUUGUACUAUCUGCACCAGAUAGUGAGGAUCCUUUUCAUCCUACUCAUAGUUUAUCUGUCCUGGACCGUCUUUACUUGCAUAUUU